UUCUCAUCGUUUUUUUCCUGCGUCUCUGCCCAUCUUCAUCAUCAUCAACCAAAAUGUUCCUUUUCCUUUGAUGAGAUUGGUGCGUCUAUCAUUUCUAUCCUCCCUCAGAUUUAUAUUCUUCUUCGAGUGCUUUCCCUCGGCAAUAUAUUUUGAUUAAGUCUCUCUCUGAGGCUACUCCGGCCUCUUGUUCUUUUCCCGAAUGUUCCUUACAGGGUGUCCUGACGAGACCAUAUCCGGCUCUCUGAGAGCUGCUCUCAAAUCUUAGGCUUUCGUGGCUGUAGACGAAGGACAGCAGAAGCAAGUUUUCCUUCAAACUCAGGUCAAUUCGGUCAAGCUUUCCCAUUUUCUCCCUGCUUUUCGCUUCCGUAGGAUGAUCUCAGGAAUGCUUGAGUCACGCUAUGACUAUUUAUUUAUCUGCAUAUUUAUAUAUUCUACCUUCUCUUCUAUCUCUCCUUUUCUUUUGUGAAGAACGCCAUAGCAAUAUCUGGUUGAAUGGUUUUAACCCGGAUUUUUCGCUUGGGUGAUAAGGGCACUGAUUACGGAGAAACGCAGAACAAAGGCAAUGAUAAUUAUUUGGGAUGAAAGAUGCUAGUUUUGAUCUGGGUUUUUGCUGGAAGGAAGAAAAGAGGUUCUGAUACAGUAAUUAGAAGCAGCAAAUAGAGGGGCUCUUAGGUAGGUGAAUUCAAUGGCAACGUCCGCGGUGCAGCUUCCAGCUGCGCCAGCAAGCACCCCUAGGAAGAAAAUGACCAAACAGUUGACAGGAAAGCGGGAUGAUAGCCCCCUACACACCGCAGCUAGAUCAGGAAAUAUGGCUGUUGCGAAGGAGAUCCUUACGGGCACUGAAGAAUCUGAACUCAAUGUAUUGUUGGCUAAGCAAAAUCAAGCUGGAGAAACAGCUCUUUAUGUUUCUGCUGAAUAUGGUUAUGUUGAAUUAGUUUGCGAGAUGAUUAAAUAUUACGAUCUUGCCAAUGCUGGAAUUAAAGCUCGAAAUGGUUUUGACGCAUUCCUUAUUGCUGCCAAACAAGGCGAUUUAGAUGUACUGAAGAUCCUCAUGGAGGCUCAUCCUGAAUUAUCAAUGACAGUAGAUCCAUCAAACACCACAGCUUUGCACAUGGCAGCAACCCAGGGGCAUACAGAGGUGGUGAAAUUUCUAUUGGAAGCUGGAAGUAGCAUAGCGACCAUUGCCAGAAGUAAUGGGAAAACAGCCCUACAUUCUGCUGCAAGAAAUGGGCACUUGGAGGUUGUUAAAGCGCUACUGGAGAAGGAGCCUACGGUUGCAACACGGACUGAUAAGAAGGGCCAGACAGCACUUCACAUGGCUGUGAAGGGACAAAACAUUGAGGUAGUGGAAGAGUUGAUAAAAGCAGAUCCCUUGUCAAUUAACAUGGUUGACACCAAGGGAAACACAGCUUUGCAUAUAGCUACCAGGAAAGGCAGGGCUCAGAUUGUUAAGAUGCUUCUUGGAUGGAGGGAAACAGACAGAACGGCGGUGAACAGAAGUGGUGAGACAGCAAUUGACACUGCAGAGAAAACUGGGAACCCUGAAAUUAAAGGCAUUCUAGAAGAACACGGCGUCCAGAGUGCCAAGAACAUAAAGCCUCAGUCUGCUACAAACACAGCACGUGAGCUGAAACAAACAGUGAGCGACAUAAAGCACGAGGUACAUUACCAAUUGGAGCACACACGCCAAACCAGAAAACGAGUCCAAGGCAUAGCCAAACGUCUGAACAAGAUGCAUGCAGAAGGACUUAACAACGCUAUCAAUUCCACAACUGUGGUGGCAGUACUAAUUGCCACCGUUGCCUUUGCUGCCAUAUUCACAGUUCCCGGCCAGUACGUUGAUGACCCGACAGAUGUACCUCCGGGAGAGACCUUGGGCGAAGCAAACAUAGCUCCUCAGGUUCCAUUCAUCAUAUUCUUUGUGUUUGAUUCCAUAGCGCUCUUCAUUUCUCUGGCUGUGGUGGUGGUGCAAACGUCGGUGGUGGUUAUAGAGAGCAAAGCAAAGAAGCAGAUGAUGGCCAUUAUAAACAAGCUCAUGUGGCUGGCCUGUGUGCUCAUAACGGUGGCGUUCUUGGCGUUGUCAUUCAUAGUGGUGGGGAAGCAUGAGAGGUGGCUGGCAGUAGGAGUGACCAUCAUAGGGACCACGAUAAUGGCGACGACCUUGGGGAUAAUGUCGUAUUGGGUCAUUAGGCAUCGGAUUGAGGCCUCCAAUUUGAGGAGCAUUAGGAAAUCUUCUCUGGGAAGCAGGUCCAGGUCUUUUUCAGUGUCGGUCAUGUCAGAUUCUGAGCUGCUAAAUAAAAUGUAUGCCAUUUAGGAGCAUCCAAUACAUGUUCCCAGUGUUCAUGCGCUCGAUCUGCUGGAUUAUUUCUAUAUCCACAGAACAGAAAAAAAAAAAAAAAAGGAAAGUUCCAGAUGUUUGUUUCCGGACUUGGCUUAUGAAUGUCAAUAGCAUGCCCAAUCAA